GGAUGAACGCCUGGAAGAUAUUGGUAAAAAAGCAAAAUGUUUCAAGAGUUCCGUCAACAUUUGGCAUUUUACUUCUUCUUUUACAACUAACUAAUGUCGUCUGUACAUACUUGGCAAGCACCAGUAGACCAACCCGACGAUGAAAGUUUAAAGGAACUAGUCUCUUCUUUCUUAAUCGCUGAAGAGCAUGCAUGGCUUAGUUGUGGUACCCCGCUCUUAAAUUCGACAACGUCCCGAGGAAGUACGGGCACAAGAAAUCCAACAGACGAAAACGAGGUGACCGGCAACCCGGGGCUGGCUUUGUUAAGGCAUGGACAGAAUAUCCAUAACAUUCAUAAGUAUUUCCAAAACCUUGAACCUCACCGGUACUGUUUAAGCCUUACAGCAAAGACAAAGAAACUUGCUCACCCAUAUGCCACUGUCAGACUGGUGCGAGGGGAUAGCCACCAUGAGCCACUUGAUCAAGCUACAUCCUCUCAUAUCUCUUAUCAGCAAGAACGGCAACUCAGAGAAAAGGAUCCAGAGUUUGAGCUGUUUGAAAUGGCCACUCAUUGUGCGCUUUUCCCAGUUCUUGGUGCCCCACCCACCCCGUCUCCAUACUCGCCCACCCCAGCUGUUCCAACUUCCCCAGAUGAUGGAGAAAGGCGCAGAGUGUUCUCAUUUGGCUCAGUACCUUUGAAUACAGGUUUUGAAGAUUCAUCGUACAGUCCACCUUCACAGUUGGCCAAUUCCACAUUACCUCCAGGUGCAUCUGAUAACUGCCAAAGGGAGUACUGUGUGUCACCUGAGCCAGUGGUUCCAAUACACUCGGACAUGCUCCGAGACCUGGUGUGCAAGGCAUUUUGCAUCAGCAAUACACGACAAUUGUACCUGGAGAAAAUAGUGAAGGAAAAGCACCUGCCAAAGUCACCAGACCGGGUACUUGUGGAAGGACUUCUGUUGCAACUCUCCCUACUUGAAACAAACCGCCAUCCAUUUUACCGAGUACAAGCUUUCCUAGAUAAGAAUGGUUACAGUGAAUGGUUGAUACAGGAGAAGGAGCAGAUUUCCCGGCGCAUCAAAAAUUUUUGGCAUUUCCCCCUGCCUCCAAUGCAUAACCUGCCUUUACACAUCGUUGAUGCACAUGAGCAGUACAAAGUGCUCUUGACAAAGCUCAUAAGACACGAAAGCUCCAACAAAACUCCUCAUUCUGUCUUUGGCGAUGUGACUCCAACAGGUCCUCUGUCGCCAUCAUCUUGUCGUCUUCUGAAGGAGUUUGCGUUAAGAUAUGGAGUUGGGGAAUUGUAUCGAAGGCUUGUUCACCUCAAGUACAUGGCAGAGCAUUUUGAGAGUGAAGCGUGGUACAUCAAGCAUGUGACGGAUCUUCUUGAGAACGUGAUGAGCCUUGUAACAAGGACAACAGAGAUUUAUGUGAAGGAAGAGCUCAUCAUGCUGCUACAAAUCCUUACCCUGCUUCUGAGAAAUUCCAAGAACUGCCUUACACACAUCAGGCGACUUUUCCCCGAUAACGUCCCUCCAGGAGCCGUCUCUUCAUUGGUGACCAUGGCAGCACUCGUUAACGAGGCCGGCGAGUUCCUUAAGAUCAUGUUUCCAGUGGUGUUUGUAUCUGUGCGGGAAGCUAUUGAAUUUGCACAGAGUUUAUAUGAGGAGCCGUUUUCUUGUCAGCUCGAGAAACUGUUAAAGGAAGAGAUGAAGGGCCGUUACGAUAGGUUUAAGGUAAUAGCAAUGGACGAGUUGCAUGGACACUGCUACUCAACGUACCUGUCUCCUCGCCUGCUCAACAUCAUCAUACUGAAUAUCAGAGAUGAGGUCAACACGUACAGGGCCCACUACAAACAAGAGUUUGAACGGUACGUGGACGUGGUUGAGCUGGCGAUAGCUACUCAUUACCGGCUGCUAAUGCAAGAUGUGCUAGAGUUGUGCCAGCAGUAUGUCAGCGGUAGUGACCCAUCGGAAGUCGACCUACCCAUGCUUAGUCUCGCUUUUAGACUGUCGGCGAUAGACCAGGAAUGGUGCAAGUACAUCUCGCCAAGGUCGCAGCUUUGGCGAGGCCCGUACCUAGGUCUAGCCCUGAUAUGGCUAGAAGCAGUAGGCAAACACAUCCAAGAUUAUCUACCUCAAUUCCUGCGCAAUGACAAGUGGAAGACGGUUGAGGUACCAAGGGCUACGCGGACAUUUCCAGAGGCCAGGCCGCCAGGUUUUUUGUCUGUUUCUCCAAUGGAGAAAGCUGCAAGUCGAAUAUCUAUCACCCAAUCCGAGAGGUCAGCAUUCCGCGCUCCGCAACAAAAGCCGCGAGAAGCGCAGCUUAGAUUGCAGAGAAGUCGACCUGCCCCAGUCCCUAGCAUGAUGCAACGAUACAGGAUGACUACAUCUUAUCCUGAUGUCUCUGCCUCUCUACCAGAGAAACGCAGUAUCGAGGCCCAGGGCCCCCUCUCACAUAAGUUUGGCUCAGACACAAAUCUCGUUCACUACGGGAAAGAUCAUACUAAGAUGACCAACCAAGAAUUCAAAGAACAGUGCGAAUUUCACCCUAAAGCUCUACAAGCUCAACACGGACAUGCUACCGAUAAAGGGCAAGAAAGGGAGGGGCAAUUUGCUUCCGAAGAAAAGACUCAGCGUAUUGAAGAUAUUGAUUCGAGCACAUUACUCGAAUACUCCUCACAGCUUAGUGAACGAGUCACUUCGCAUGAAGACUCUCAACGUAGAACUAGUGAGCGAGUCACACCCUACGCGAAUCGUGAUUCGAGUAGCCCGGACUCCACUCAUUCGUCUGACUCGCUUGAGUUCGUUAAGGACAAAUGGACCAAAGAAAGGAAUCAAUCGGCGACCAGAUCGAGAAGCGAUUCACCGAGCGUUCCUGACGAGGGCCAGAAACACCCUGGAGAUUCUUCUGCUAUUCUCCGACCAGUGGCAAACCGAGUGCGCCCACGACUGUCAGAUCCCAGCACCGUAGGUCGGACAAACACAUCUAGCUCCACAUUGCGGUCAUCGGAUAUACGUGGAUUAUGCAUACGGCGAUCAAAGCUGAUCGACACAGACGCAUCGACUGAGUACAGUAGUUGUCGGACCACAAGCGUCGCAGGCUCCUUUGCCACCGCGCGGGAGGACAUUAGUGACGACUCCUGCUCGACUCAAAGCUCUGGCUCAGAGGCUGGGUACGAGACUUCAAUCAGCUCUAACGGGAGCGAUACUCCGCCGUCAGUGAGCGCGCGCGCGUGCGACGUGGCAUCACAAGACCAGCAAAGACGCAAAGUUCCUCUGACCAGCUCUGUCGUAGAUGUGCUUUGUUGCGUACACAGGGUAACCGCGUUUACAUGUCAUCUAAGCAAAGUUCUUUGUCCAUCGACGAUGGGCGCGGAAGAAGACACGUUAUACAUCUGGGAUACGGUAAAGGAGAUGAAAACGAGACUCUGCCGGAAGCUCUUGCAGGUAAUAUGGUCACUCGUGGGGCUUUACGCUGAUCAUGUGAUCAGCCUAGAGACGUGUGGACUCACCGCUGACCAGAAGGCUGAAGUGCUCGAUGAGCUCCUUGCCAGACACCUGGAGACCGAGGAAGGAUCGCGAACACUUGCGGGAUGCCAAUUUGAGCAUGGACUGAACCGGAAGUGUAGUUUGUGCUCGCCAGGCUGGAAAACCCCACCGGGGGCUCGACUCAGUAACAUCAUCGUCUUACAUAAACUGUUGUCAUGGCUACAAGACAGAGUGACGUCAUCGCUUAGUUGUCUAGACUUGUUGCCUGGGCGUGGCGAGCUGUCAGUCAAAAGUGAGACAUAUUGUAAAGUUGGACCUACUUCGGAUGGUCAUGAUGGUACGUGCUGUGUGGAUGAAGCCCGUUCACUGGCUGACCCAAUAGAAAUAGACACAGAUGGCGUGUCCCCGUGUGAACGGGAGCUUGUACAGGUUGAGGCUGCUCACAUCAGACUUAUAGCUUUUAGGUUGGACCAGUUUUUCAAUCAGAUGCUUCACACGCUCCUCAGCCUCUCUCUGCCAGCCUUCGAUUUGCACAAGCGCCUGCAGCCAGCCUCGGAGUUUCUCAAUCGCCGGCUUUCCUCUCUCCGGCAAGUCAUGUUUCCGGAGUGCUUCAGUGACUUGUUGGUUUGCCUGUGGACGCAUUUGGCACAGGGUUUCAGUGACGAAGCAAAGUGUCUUAAGGAGAUGGAAGGCCGCGCCUCGAAUCACGCCAAGCUCCUCUUACAAGCCUUAGCCUACUUCAUGCAGUUUUUCCAUGGCCAAGGUGAUGGCUUAGAUCUCGAUACGCUAUCUGCUACUACGGAGGAUGUGUCAAAGCACCUUGAGCUCUACACCAGCACCACUGCGAGGCUGAUCCGCAUGUACCGCUGGCUCGCCAGACAGAUGUUCCAAAUCGAGCGGCUGUCUCGUGCAGACGACUUCUACUCAUCGGUCAGCAGUUGCUCCCACCAGAGUCACGCACAUGAGCCCGCAGACACUCUGAUCCAGGCCUUGCGGACGCAGCUUCACGCCACGCGCAAGUGCUUCUCGGGCUCGCAGUUCGUGGACUGGGUACGAGAGUACGUGAAUGUCCACGGUUAUGACAGUCUUGGUGUGUGCAUCGGCAGCACGGACACGGAGACUGGACUCGAGUUAGGGCAUCACCUAUUAGAGAGGAACCUCCUGAUCUGUCUUGGCAGUCGCCGUGACAACCAACAGCCCUCAUCUGACUCCCGUGAUGACGUGGAGUACACAAUGGAUACCGAAGAGGUGUCUGUGUCCCUUCCCGACAGGGGGAGGGGUAGUGUGGUGGUUUGGGACCAGCCUUCCCAAGGGCAUAUCAGUGUCAACCAGGUGUCGGUAUCCAAGCGCUCGCAUCGCCCCGGUGGCUCCCCAAGCAAUAGCUCUCACCCCAGUUCCCCUCGGCCGCCUUCUCGCUCCACCACCCUCAGUCCUGAAUUGCUAGACAGCACGGAGGACACUGACUAUCGCGGGCUCACGGACACCGUGGAGUCCAUCAUUUACCGUGCAACAGGCAGCCAAACGGAGUCUAUGGAUUUCUGCAAUAGCGACUACGUCUAUUACACUUUUAUGUGUGACGACGAAGGAAAUGAAUACGAAUUCAAGUACAAGCUCGAUUUCAUGGACAGGUUCACAAUCAAACGCAAGCUACAGCAGAUUUUGUGCGUGCUAAACUCUCGCAAAAGCCAAGACAUUGAGGCGAAGCUAUUCCUACGACGCCUGCCACCAACCACUGUCUCAGAAGCCAUUGGCGAGCACGCAACUACAGGCUGCUUCCACAUGUGAAUCCACUACCUGUGACUUCCUUUCUCCCUCUGAGGCCAUUGGCGAGCAUACAAGUGAAUGUGGCUUCAACAUGUGAAUCCACUACCUGUGAUUCCCUUUCUCCCUCUGAGGCCAUUGGCGAGCAUACAAGUGAAUGUGGCUUCAACAUGUGAAUCCACUACCUGUGAUUCCCUUUCUCCCUCUAAGGCCAUUGGCGAGCAUACAAGUGAAUGUGGCUUCAACAUGUGAAUCCACUACCUGUGACUCCCUUUCUCCCUCUAAGGCCAUUGGCGAGCAUACAAGUGAAUGUGGCUUCAACAUGUAAACCCAAAUGCCUGUGACCCUCCCAAGGCCAUAGGCAAGCAUAUGACCAGUCUGCUUUAUAGUGCUUUAUGGUUUUAAAAAGUCAGCCAAUCAGCAUGCGAGAAUCACAGUUGUAAUUGACGCGAACUUGGUAACUAGGAGAAUUUCUUACAGUACUGACAGAAAGUAAUGCAACCGAAAACUGACGAAUUUCGCCGAAAAUUUGUCUAUUGUUUUGAACCGAAAUUUCGUGUACCUUAGCCGAAAAUUCGGCUAUAUUUUUUUCGGCAGUUUGCGCCAUCCGAAUUUUCAGCAUCCGAAAUUUCGGUGAAGUUAAUGGUUAUUGCGCCAUUCUGAUUCGCACUGGAGCAUUUCUUUGCCACCCUGAUUUUGCCAUUGAAGUUUAUGUCGAUCAUAUAGCACCGUUUCCUUAUCCCCAUUGGCUUACUUUUUUAAACUGUCAAGGUGGCCACGGUAGCACGCGUCGCACGGUAAUAUCGGGACCAUGAAAGUUCUGGGACUUGUUGUGCGAAGCACGCUACAGUAGCAAUAGGGUGGCGGGGGGGGGGGUCCAAAAGUGUGGGUGAGGGAGGGGGGGAGGCAGCACUAAUCGCGCUGUAAAAUUUCUUCUUUUUCGGUGGGUCGUGUCUUAAAGUAUUUGCCUUAAAACUGUAAAUCAAACUAUAAAUUAAGGUAAUAUGUAACGAAGUAUUAAGGUAUAUCGAAUCCCAAUAAAAUAUUUUUGUAUUAACAAAUUUGAGAGGGUGUUUUGUAGACAAUAAAGCGCUUGACAUGUU